CGUUCAUGAGGAACCGAUUCUUUGGUGAAUCACACAUCAGUAAUUUCAGUCAGUGGGACUGAAAACAUCGCAGGUUUCCUUUAAACAGCUUCUACACAGUUCUGAGUUUUAAAAAAAUGAAAAGUCGAUCUGUUCACAGCAGAUGAGUGAAAAAUAAAUCUUGAAAGUCUCUGAGGAAUUUUGACAGAAUGGCUAGCUGUGGAGAGGUCGAUCACUCCAUGGACGCGCUGGCCUCGGGGAAAAAAGUGGGCGGGGUCAGAGACGGCAGCGGAAGCCCCUCCCCUUCUCCUCCCCCUUCACUUCCUGUACCGGAGUGCGCUAUAUGCCUGCAGACUUGCGUCCACCCAGUGCGCCUCCCCUGCGGCCACGUCUUCUGCUUCCUGUGCGUGAAGGGCGCGUCCUGGCACAGCAAGCGCUGCGCCCUCUGCAGACAGGAAGUGCCCGAGGACUUCCUGGACCGUCCCACGCUGCUUUCUCCAGAGGAGCUGAAGGCCACGGCGACGGGAGGGCGGAGCUUAGGCGGCCACGCCUGGUACUACGAAGGGCGCAACGGUUGGUGGCAGUAUGACGAGCGCACGAGCCGCGAGCUGGAGGAGGCUUACCGCGAGGGGAAGAAGAGCGCCGAGAUGCUCAUCGCCGGCUUCCUGUACGUGGCCGACCUGGAGAACAUGGUGCAGUACAGACGCAACGAGCACGGACGCCGCAGGAGGAUGAAGCGUGACGCCGUGGACGUUCCUAAAAAGGGCGUGGCUGGACUAAGGCUGGAUCCAGAACCCGCAACAGGAUCCGGAUCCAAUUCCGUUCCCGGAUCUGGAUCAGUUUCUCCGGCAUUUCCAGGCCCCGUACCCGCGGAUUCGGAUGGAGGGGUAACGGAGAGCAAUGUCAGAGAGAGAGACGUCCGGACAGAGAGACAGCUGAGAGAGAGACAGAGGGACAGAGUUUCUCCAGGCUUCGCUGAUCCUACAGCCGCCGAUCUGGCACUGAAUUCAGAAGCCGCGACGUCGGAGAGGGAGAACUCGGCAGACGGAGCCGAUAUAAACGGAGCGAUUCGCUCUCAGGCUGCGUUUGCCCCGCCCCCGAUCCGCCCUCCCAUCAUGCUGGGCGGCGACCGUGACCUUCAGCUUAAUCCUCAACUCGUCCAGGCGUUCGCGCAGCUCCACAUCGGACGAGCCGCACACGAAGAGGACGAGGAACAGGAAGUGGACGACGAAGACGACGGAGAUAACGAAGACGAUUCGGCUGCUGCACCCGAUCCGUCCGGUUACGAAUCGGAAACAGGAACGAGUGAAGAUGAAGAUGAGGAAGGAGAAGACGACGCGGAAGGCUUGAGGCACAGACUGCAGAGGAUGGACGGCGGAGUUCGGUCCCGCAGUCCUGACGGCCAGUGCACGGUGACGGAGGUGUAGCGGUCGGAGAUGCGAAACGUGAACAUAGCUACAUCUGUAAACGUGGACGGUUUAGAGCUUGAGAAGCAGGACGUGCACUUCUGUCUUAAACGUCGCGUUCUUUACGAACCUUUGGCUGUAUCCCAAACUCUAGCAUGUGGAAAGAACGUCCGGUUAGUUUUGGUGUAUGAGGAUACUGCGUCACAAAGACAGGAAGAAGAAACUUUGUAAUUGAAAAUUCAAGCCAGCUAGCUAGCUAAUCGGCUAAUUAGAAAUCGCCCGCCUGCCUGUAGAGUCCACACGGAAGCAUAACGCUAAAACUACGACUUCUAGCUAUAACUUUAUGCGUUAUUACGAUAUACGUUUAAUUCGAUGUGAACUCGCUCGCUGCAGUUUCUCAGUGUUCAAACUGCUUCCGGUGCGUCGCGAGUAAUACUUACGUUUGCUGAGCCACCGAGAACAACACACGAAACAUCACGUAACCGCUAUCACGAAAUAAAAACUCUGUAUUCUAGCAUUUCUAAAUAAUAAUAAUAAUAAUAAUAAUAAUAAACAGCCAACACUCUUGUGAGAACACUAACGACGCGUCUAGAGUUUGGGACGGAGCUUUUGUGUGUUAUUCUGAUUUUUACUGACGUACAUCGCAGCACCUCCCGGAUCUUUUUUUCGUAUCUAUGUACGAGGUUAUGUAGAUACGAGAUAUAAACGUCUGUACGUACGAAGCGGAGACGUAAAGUGCGAAUCGCUGACUGCGUUCUCCAUGAGCUGAGACACGGAGGUGUUGCACUGCUGAAUAUCCGAACAAGCAAAAAACAUAAUCGUCUAAUAAAUUAAUGUUCAUUCAGCCAGAGCGGGAGGAAGACGAGGACGAAGAGCUUUCAGUGUGAGUGUGUGUGAGUGUGUGUGAGUGUGUGUGAGUGUGUGUGAGUGUGUGUGAGUGUGUGUGAGUGUGUGUGAGUGUGUGUGAGUGUGUGUGAGUGUGUGUGUGAUGCAUUGUGUGAAUGUCUUUUGUUCUUUCUUCCUCCCUUCAUCCUGUCUUUCUUUAGCAUUUGUAUGAGUAAUGCAGACUCAACUUUCCUUCCUUUCUCUCUCCCCCCCUCUCUCUCUCCCCCUCUCUCUCUCUCUCUCUCUCUCUCUCUCUCUCUCUCUCUCUCUCUCUCUCUCCCCCUCUCUCUCUCUCUCUCUCUCUCUCUCUCGCAAAGCUGAGCUCCAAAAAUUAGUCCUUUGAGUGUCUGUCUGUCUCUUUAAUCUGUCUUUUGCCUCUCUUUGUAAAUCUGUCUCUCUGUCUUUCUCUUUGUUUGUCUCAUCUCAUCUUUCUGUCUCUGUCUCUUUUGGAGUCUUUCUCUCUCUCUCUCUCUCUCUCUCUCUCUCUCUUUCUGUCAGUCUGUCCUCCUCUCUGUUCUCGUCAGCUCUAUAUUUAUGUCACUGGCGUGUCAGUAAAACAUUUCACUCAGUAAAACAUUUCACUCGGAUAUUAUUCACACCUUGUCAUGUUUCAUAAUGUGGAAGAAAAACGAAUACAUCAUUAGAAGGUCGUUCGUCUGAGAUCCGUCUUACUCACACUCACGUCUCUCUCUAACAGGGCAGAACUUCAUCAGAUCACACUGCAGUAGAAUCAUGACUCCAGAUAGUAGUAGUAGUAGUGUGUGUGUGUGUGUGUGUGUGUGUGUGUGCGCGCUAUGUCUCAUAUCUCACUCGUUUUUUUUUAAACGUAUGUUACUGUGAUGCGUUUUGAAGGAAGUGCCCGUGUCCCAGGCUGAGACGCUAUGAACUCUGGGAAAUGGAGUUUUAUUUGAGGAUUUUAUUGUAGUUGUAGUCUUUCUUCAACAUCUGGUUCUGACAAAUUUAAUUAUUGUUUUUUUCCCCCCAGUCCAGUUGUUUGGGAUUUUUUUUUGUCAUCAAACAAAAAGAAAUGAUAAUAGCUAUGAUAACUUCUUUUGCUGUAUUUUGUUUUAAUGGUGGUGUGUUUUCUUUUUUGUUACUAAGUUGUUUGAAUUAAUAAAGUGUUGUCUAUUAUUUGUCUGAAA